UUGGGCUCUGUACGCGCGCGAGAGAGCAUGCAACAAUCAUCUUAUUCAUGUUCCCGUGCGCAGGGAGCUCACAGACACAAGCUAGGGAACAGUUAGCCGCAGACUGAUAACAAAAUGCACAUAUUUUGUUGCCUGGUGAGUGCAUGCCAUAGAAGCCAGAUAAAUGCAUACGUGCACCUGUGACUUUUAUGAUAAUUUUCAGCAAACGGAGAAGGAUUUUUAACCCUUUUUAGUAAGCCACAAGAUCGAUUUUAGUCGGCCCUGGGAGCCGCAACAUUUCAGCAAGAAGUGCAUUCAUUUGCAGAUGAGACGAAGGAGUCAAAAUGUUGUUUGGAGGAGUAACUAAUGCAUGGACAAGUGGCCAUUUGCACGCCUCUGGUACGACUCAAAAGUGAAGGUGGCGGAUUCCGCUCCAGUGAUCAAUUGCCAAGAUUUGAUCUCGUCUUAGUCCUCCACUUCACGGCCUUGUGCCUUCAGCAAUCAUCUUGACAGUUCUUCAGUGUCUUUGGCAGCCAUGGACUGGGCCACUCCUGCUGCCAAACUGAACUCGUACGCCCGUGCCCGUGUGACAGAGGCCUGGCAGCAGCAUGCCGUCUCCCAAACUCAGGUGGUCCACACCAUCCCUCCGGGAGCUGAAAACUCCCUGGGGUGUACCGUGUAUGGAAUCGUCCUGCAGCAAGAGUCCACGCCUCUUCAGCAACAGCAGCUCGGACACACACAACACGGAGGCGGGCAGCACAGUCAGCAACAUUCAGCCCAGGACCAGCAGAACCCCUUGCAGGCCGGCAACGAGGGCGGCCAUAAGUGCGAGACAUGCGGACACGAUAUAUCCCACCUCGCCAAUCCCCACGAGCACCAGUGCAUGGUAAGUCAGGAAAGGUCAUUUCAGUGCACGCAGUGCUUGAAGAUUUUCCACCAGGCAACGGACUUACUCGAGCACCAGUGCGUUCAAGUGGAACAGAAACCGUUUGUUUGCGGCUUGUGCAAGAUGGGCUUCUCCUUGCUCACGUCUCUCGCCCAUCACCACUCAUCCCACAACAGCACCCACCCGAUGAAGUGUUCCAUAUGCGAGAAGACAUACCGGCCCGGUUCUUCUGGCGGCAUGACCGCCAACUCCUCGUCAAACAACGCCCAGCAGCACAGCAGAGACGGGGCGUCAGCCAGCAGCAACUCAUCCAUCCUACCGUUCCCCUCGGCUCGCGACCGCCCGUAUAAAUGUUCCGUGUGUCAGAAGGGCUUCAAGCACCUGUCGGAACUCACGCGGCACGAGCGAGUGCACACCGGCGAGAAGCCUUUCAAAUGCGACACGUGCGACAAGGCUUUCAGCCAGUCGUCGCACCUGCAGCACCACCAGCGAACGCACAGCAACGAACGCCCGUUCAAGUGCGCCGUUUGCGAGAAAAGCUUUAAGCACCGCUCGCACUUGGUGCGUCACAUGUACGUGCACUCCGGCGAGCACUUGUUCAAAUGCAACUUAUGCGAGCUGCACUUCAAAGAGUCGUCGGAGCUCCUUCACCAUCCCUGCCACCCGCAGGGUUCCCGCCCCUUCCGCUGCGCCACAUGCGGGAAGGGCUUCAAGCGGCCGUCGGACCUCCGCCAGCACGAGCGAACACACUCGGAGGAGCGUCCUUUUCACUGUGACGAGUGUCAGAUGAGCUUCAAGCAGCAGUACGCCCUCGUGCGGCACCGCCGUACGCACAAAGACCCCGGCGAUAGACCGUUCAAAUGCAAUCUAUGCGACAUGGGCUUCAUGCAACCGUCGCAUCUCCUCUACCACCAGCACGUCCACGGCAUGGACAACCUCUUUAAGUGUGCCUCAUGCCAGAAGGAGUUCAGUCAAUCGGGAGAGCUGCUCCGGCACAAAUGUGGCGAGUCGCCGAACACCGCGCCGGAUAAACCGUACAAGUGCGACGUCUGCGGAAAGGGCUACAAGAAGAGCUCCACGUUACAGCGGCAUCAAAACUCCCACUGCCAAGAAAAGCCCCUAAAGUGCUCGCUCUGCGAUCGUCGCUUCCUGUCCUCGUCCGAAUUCGUCCAGCAUCGCUGUGACCCGUCACGGGAAAAACCACUUCAAUGCCCUGACUGCGAGAAGCGCUUCAAAUACUCCUCAGACCUCAACAGGCAUCUACGCGUGCACACGGGCGAGAAGCCGUACAAGUGUGACCAUUGCAACAAAUGCUUCAAACAACGCGAACAUAUGACCAAACACCAGAGCACGCACUCGAGGGAAGGACAGUUCAAGUGCGUGUGGUGCGGCGAGCGUUUCAGUGACUUGGGCUCAUUACAGGAUCACACCGUGCAGCACACGGCCGACGGGGGGGACUACCCAGUACCCCAUUGUAUCUAAAUCCUUCUCCUUUAACCAGAUUUGUCAAUUUAUUGUUCCACACAGUCCCGCCUCCACCAAGCAGUACAGUUGAAGUUUAGUGCAGUACAAGUAUUUUUUUAGUGUGGGUACCAAAAGAAGGCUAAUCGAGAGUGGAAAUGGCGAUUGUGCUACAAAUGAAUGAAUGAAUGUCUGAAAAGAGGUGGGAAGAAGCACAAAAAAGACCAGUCCUAAGAAGCCAGAAAAUCAUUCAUUCAUUCAUUUUUUACCGCUUUUCCUCACGAGGGUCGCGGGGGUGCUGGAGCCUAUCCCAGCUGUCUUCGGGUGAGAGGCGGGGUACAACCUGGACUGGUCGCCAGCCAAUCACAGGGCACAUAUAGACAAACAACCAUUCACACUCACAUUCAUACCUAUGGACAAUUUGGAGUCGCCAAUUAACCUAGCAUGUUUUUGGAAUGUGGGAGGAAACCGGAGUACCCGGAGAAAACCCACACAUGCACGGGGAUGGCCGAGGGUGGAAUUGAACCCUGGUCCUCCUAGCUGUGAGGUCUGUGCGCUAACCACUAGACCGCCGUGCCGCCCAAGCGAGAAAAUAAGUUCAUAUUUAUACAGUGUAGCAAUUGGGGGAAAAAAACAUACAUAUUUCAUAAGUGGCAGAAGUAGAAUCAUGGUGUGUCAAGAUUAUGACACUAGGGUUCAGAUUUGCCGGGAAUAUGCAAGCACUUCAACCAUUGUCUUUUUUUUAGGUGCAAAAAUAUCAAUUUAUGUCCAUGAACUUGGUGGAAACUGGACUGUAUUGCUUGGUGGAUUGGCCUUUUUAUUUAAAGGGGAACUGCACUUUUUUUGGAAUCUUGCCCAUCAUUCACAAUCCAAACAUGAAUACAUUUAUUUUCUUUUUCUGUGCAUUCUAGUGUGAGUUAAUAUGAACUAGCUAACAAUGCUGUCAUUGGGAUACACCUAUUUCAACUAUGAAGCCCUCUAACAACGUUUCAUUGUUUGACUAUUUAAAAACACUAUGGAAAGAUCUCGGCGCAUUGAUGCUAACUAACAAACACAACGCCUCGGCGCAUUGAUGCUAACUAACAAACACAAGGCAUCGUUGAGCGCUUGUCUCUGCAUCAGUGGAUACUUAGCUCUCGAUUUUGCUACAAAGACUCAACAAGAUGCUGGUUUGCCGUCAGCAUUUUUUUUUUUUACCCGAGGACUGGAUGUGCUGGAAGACACAGCCAUCCCAAUGACAGCGAAUAUCGCAAGUGUUGUCGACGCUGUUGUUGUUCCAAUCCAAUCCACUUUAUUUAUAUAGCACAUUUUAUAAACAGAGUUUCCAAAGUGCUGCACAGACUAGUAAAAUAAAAAGAAAAAAUAAAAUACAAUAAAGGUACAAAUUGAAUUUAAUCCAAAACUAAAAGCUCAAAUAAUAAAUAAAAUAGUAAAAUAGAUAUUAAAAUAUUAAAAACAAGAAGCAAAGCAAUAAAAGUGUAAUGGGCUUCAUAGUCGAAAUAAGUGUAUCCCAAUGACGUUCAUUGUGAGCUAGCUCACAUUAACUUGUUUUCUCGUGUUCUAAUGCACAGAAAUAUGUCUUCAUGUUUCACAUAAGGAUUGUGAAUGAUGGGAAAAAUUCCCCCACCCCACAAAAAGUGCAGUUCCCCUUUAAUUCAAUGUUCAAGUGUUUUUGGUUUUUUGACCUUUAACACUUUCUAUAUAUACAUUGUGUCAUUUUACAAAGGUUCCGCCUCUUAUCCUGUGCUUUUAUAAGCUCUUUUUGCCACCUUAAAAGAACAGCUCCACCCACUUAACUGCCACCGGUGCCACAAUGGAGGUUAAUCCAGACGCAAUAUUAAUAAUAAAAAGCAAGAUAUGACAUCUGUUUUAACACAAAAUAUCCUUUUUUUAAUGUCUUUAUCUUGAUUUAUCUUUCUUGCAAAUGAAAGACCAAGAAAGCCCUAAAAAAAUCCCUUUGUUUUUUUUUAAUAGAUGACAGAAGGGUGUAAGUAUAAAAGUAAACAAUCUAGUAUAAAAUAUACAAUAAAUAAUAAGCAAAGCACUUUAGUGGAUAGCCAGCAAAGGCCAAAGCAGUUAGUUGCUGUACAAAGUUUUUGCAUGUUUUAAAUUGUGUUAAGUGAUUUGUACUUGCAGUUUGCCAUCAAGUCAUACGAAAAUUAUAAGGACAUAGACAUAAAUACAAUUGUUAACGUCGGGAGGGCCUGCACCCAACAACAAAAUAAUACCGUACUUUACCCAAUCACCCACUCCCUGUGUGUGUUUUCUCGUCUAAACACUCCUCGAGUGUUCCCGAGUAUUCAGUGUAAUGACACUUCCAUCAGAGGUCAUUGCUGUACAUACUGGAUGUGUACGUGACUUGUUUACGUGUCAGAAUGUGUCUUUCUUAAAGAAAAUGUAGCAGACAGUGUUUUUUUUUUUUGUAUUAUUGCUACUUUUUACCAUGUGAACAUUUUUUUAUUUUAUGUCUAUGUGGGCCAUGUAGCGAUUGUAUCAUGUUGAAGGUAAAGAGAAACAUGAAUGGAAGCCGUUUAGGUCCAAAGAGGAAACACAGGCUGAAAAAGAGUUUAUUAAAAAUAUUUUGGCCAGAUUGGAACCUUUUUAAAAAAAAAAAAAUUCAAGUAGCCCCGGCUUGUCAUAAAGGUGUUUUUUGCACCUGCACUUUUGUCUUCAAAUAUGUGUACUUAUUGGUAAGCCUGUUGUCUGUCAUGCUAUAUUCCAUUUAUCGCAGUCUGCGUUACUUCUUCCCUUCCCAAAUUGCUCCCAAUUAGCAGUUUGUGUGCAGUAUUCAAACAGUACAUUUAGACUUGCAUUGUCGGUUGAAGUGAAAAAAAAAAUCCUCAUUGUUUGUAGACAUCACAAAAUUUUACAAUUUCACAUCUAUUUGUAUUCAUAAUUUCACAUUUAAAUGGAUAUCUUUCAAAAGAGACACAUGGGUAGAAUUUCUGCAAAGUACAAAUCAAAUAUUUUUGUAGUUGGAGCAUAGAAAACCUGUUUACAACCGUCUAAAUAUGGGUUUUUAACAUUAUUAGAGCCCUCUAGAUGUGAAAUAACACCCCUAUAAUCACAUCUUCACACUCAUAGUAUUACCCAAUAUGUAAACCUAACCAGAGAAAAUAAGCCAUUUAAGACAUAAAUAAAACUCAUGCUUGUUUGUGUGGAAAGAAAUAUAUGUGUACCGGACAUGUGGAGGACAGGAAGUGAUGUCGUGGGUUCAGAGUUGACUUUAAGCUUGGAGUGGAUUAGGGCCACAACAGUAUCCCAUGUUACUGUUAUGAUUAUGAUGUUAUUAUUAUUAUUACUAUUAUUAUUAUUGUGCCUAUUGUGAGAUCAUUCAAACCUGCAAUAAAAGCCUGUUGUUCCAGUAAUCAAGUCUGAUGCUUGUGUGCCUUAAUUAACAUUGCAGUAACAUUACUGACAUCUAGUGACCAGUGUAGAAUACUAC